UUGAUUGGCGUUCUGAAGGUCUGAACGUCUCGAUUCGCUGUACAGUUCAGACAGAUCUACGCCGAGUCAGACCGAUUAUUUCCACGGUGGCUGUGUCAAAAGAGCUCCGUCCUAAAGGGGGAUCGCGUAACGUUUUGUGGCGUGCGUUUUACCGUGACCGAUCCGUAGACCUCACGUGGAUCUAUCGUGCCGCAGGCAUUCACCAGAAAACGUCUCUCACAUGAUGUACACAAUAACCAGAGGUCCCAGCAAACUUGUUACACAACGGAGAACAGGCCCCACGCAACAGAUUGAGAGUAAAACAAACGAUUUGAAACAGAAGCAUAGCCACUGGCUUGCAUCGGAUUCCCCUGCACCUAAGAUUGUAUUUCACCGGCUGAACGGAAAGAGGUACCACGGAUCCACCUCUCCAAAAGCUGACAGUCCGACUGAAGGAUUCACCCCGGCACACGAGGAGAAUGUUCGAUUUGUUUAUCAGGCCUGGCAGGAGGUUGAACAGAAGCUCGAAAAUGGAUCCCAGCCAGAGAACGGGAAAGGCCCAGUGCAGUACGCAGAGAGAAGCCCCAAUCCCGGCAUGAAGAAUUUUGUGCCUAUUGACCUUGAGGAGUGGUGGGCCAAGCGAUUCCUGGCCAAUAUUGCCAACCUGUCAUGACGGGUACAUGAUGUGGCAUGAGGAGAUGUGGCUGAAUGGUUCUGAUUGAGGCAGGGUGAGGGCACAUGCAGCCUGACUCUCCCGAUGAGCUCAGGCGUUAUUGUAAGAGUUUUAGGGGCUGUACUCUGAAUAAAUUCUGCCUAUUUUUGGGACUCUGUCUGCCCGGCUGGACCGUGACUCUCUCAUGCACAUGGAAGAUGAGCUUCUUUUCUCUCUUUGUUAGAGCCUCCAUGCUGUGCGCUGAGAUGACAUGUCUGUUUUCCUUGGCAGAUAUUUGCAAAAAAACAAAAAAUCCAGUAAACAUUUUUCCAGGAUGUCUUUGUUCUGUUAUUUUUCACAUCACAUCCUGAAACAGGGAGACUUUGGAAUCAUUUUUAAGUUUGUUUGAGAGGCAUUUGGUGGUUUAUGGUGAACUAGCAAAAAUAAUGACUUUUCAGACAUGUUUCCUGAACACUCCCCCAUUCGCCAUUGGUUGAGCAAACAGAUUUUCCCACCCCCAAAAUCACACCAUUGGUUGAUCAAAUGUUGCUAUGUCAGGCAGUUUGGGAUUGGGAGUCACUCUACAUUUUUUGGGGGCAAAACAACCUAGAAAUGUCUUAUAGUUGUCUCUGCAUAAUAAGCUGGGAUAGGAGAUUAUAGAGUAUAUAGAAGUAUUUUAUCAUUAAAGAAAUAUUAUGGGUUCAAUACAAGUUGAGCUCAAUUGACAGCAUUUGUGGCAUUAUGUUGAUUACCACAAAAAUACAUUUAGACUUGCCCCUCCUUUUCUUUAAAAAAAGCAAAACAUCUAGGUUACUGUGAGGCACUUAUAUUGUAAGUGAAUGGGGGGCAAUCUGUAAAUGUUAAAAUACUCACGGUUUCAUAAGUUUCAAAAUAGACCCAAGACAUAAACCGUAUGCAUGAAUGUGUUUGAAUUUGAAUCCUUACAUGGGAAGGUCAGAUGCAUUUAACAUUGUCUUGUACAACUGAAAUGAAAACCUGAAGAGUAAACAUUAUUGUGCUGUAACAGAAU